AUGGCAAGCCAAAUGCGCGCCUGGCAAGCCUCUACCCCCGGCCCCUUCCUCAAAACCCUCACCUUCACCUCAAUCGCCUCCCUUUCCGAACCUCUCCAGCGCGGCCAAGUCCUAAUCGCCGUCUCUCGUGCAGGCCUCAAUCCAGCUGACUAUAAAAUGUGCGAAGUUGGGCUUCUUUCCCGAGCGAUUACGUCCUUCCCCAAGACCCCAGGCAUGGACCUUGCGGGCCGCAUCGUCGAUGUAGCAGAGGACGUCACAGACGUGAAAAAGGGAGACGUGGUAAUCGCGCGAGCGACACCUACCAAACGCGGAGGAUCUCUAGCGGAGCACAUCGUCGUUGAUCACGACGGCUACACUUCUCUCCCUGAGUCCUUCGAUCUGGACCAAGCAGCCGGCGCACCUACAGCAGGGCUCACAGCAUACCAGACUAUAGCCCCCUACGUCAAGCCCGGGGACAAAGUCUUCCUCAAUGGCGGCUCCGGCGGCGUAGGUCUCUUCGGCAUCCAAGUCGCAAAAGCCCUCGGUUGCCACGUCACAGUAACCUGCUCAGCCGCCAAAGCAGAGCAAUGCAAGUCCCUCGGCGCUGACGAAGUCAUCGACUACAAGAGCUGCGACGUGCUCGCUGAGCUGCGUAAGGAUGGCCCAGUAUUCGCCGUGUGCGUCGACAACGUGGGUAAUUCACCCCCCGACCUGUACGCCUCCUCGCACACCUUCCUGCAGAAGGACGCAAAGUUUGUCUUCGUUGGCGGUGCCAUCAGCAAGAACAGCUUUGUCAGCCUGUCUAAGAGUUUGGCGCUGCCAGCGUUCCUAGGCGGCGGAAAGCGCAAGUUUAUACUAUACAUGACGGAUAACAGGAGGGCCGAUCUGGAGCAGGUUCGGGAUUGGCUGGUCGAGGGAAAGGUGAGAACGGUUAUUGAUUCAACGUUUGGGUUUGAGGAGGCGGACAAGGCGAUUGAGAAGUUGAGAGAGGGGUUGGGCGGAGGCAAGAUUAUCGUGAGGGUUCCGGAGGGGUGA